AUGCUAUUCAUCGUCCGCCCCUUCCUCGUCCCCCUCGACUUCCUGUUAUCUAGCGAAGAGCUCGUAUCGCAAAAAGCUGCUGGGAAUGCGGUAGCAAUAAAACAGUGUCACGAUUGCAUUGAUCGUACACAGAGGCUCUGUAGAGGCUGCUGCGGUGGCUACUGCUUGGUUCACAACGAGGGGUCAACCUCAACUUUCUGUGACUGUUCGAUCCCCGCAACCUCGUUGACGCGUUCAGAUCGCUAA